GGCUUGGGAGGCGGGACGUGGAGGGCGCGGGGUGGGGCUCCGUGUCCAGAAGGUGAGAAACGUUGACCCGGCCUGCGGACCUUACCCGAGGAGUCGAGCUGCGCGAGUCCGGCGGCAGCGGGACAUGGCAGCUGCGAGGCCCGCGUUGGGCCGCGUCCUCCCCGGAUCUUCCAUGCUCUUCCUGUGCGACAUGCAGGAGAAGUUCCGCCACGUCGUGUACUUCCGCCAGAUCGUCUCCGUGGCUGCGCGCAUGCUCAAGGUGGCCCGGCUGCUGAAUGUCCCGACAGUGCUGACUGAGCAGUACCCCCAGGGCCUGGGCCCCACGGUGCCUGAGCUGGGCGCCCAGGGCCUGCAGCCGCACUCCAAGACCUGCUUCAGCAUGGUGCCCGUGGUGCAGCAGGAGCUGGAUGCGCGGCCCCAGCUGCGCUCCGUGCUCCUCUGUGGCUUGGAGACACAAGCCUGCAUCUUGCAAACGGCCCUGGACCUCCUGGAUCGCGGGCUGCAGGUCCACGUGGUGGUGGACGCCUGUACCUCCCGGAGCCAGGUGGACCGGCUGGUGGCGUUGUCGCGGAUGCGCCAGAGCGGCGCCUUCCUCUCCACCAGCGAGGGGCUCAUUUUGCAGCUCAUGGGCGAUGCUGCCCACCCUCAGUUCAAGGAGAUCCAGAAGCUCAUCAAGGAGCCCAGCCCCGACAGCGGGCUGCUGGGCCUUUUCCAAGACCAGAACCCCCUCUUCCGCUGACCUCGCCGCCCUGCGCUGAGCGGAGACACCCUCUUCUGUCCUCGGGACUUUGGCAGGCGCACCUUCUCCCCCCGUCGCCGGGUCCCGAGAGUGGUGCAGUCCACAGGGAGAACCGCCCCCUCGGGAGGGCGAUGGGUGCCGCCUUCCCAUUGGGCCGCAGCUCCCGGAAAUGCAAAUGAAGCUCCCAGAGCUGGGCGAGGGUUGGUCGAGCCGGGCUGGAGGCGGGGCUCGGCCCCGGGCCACUCCAAGGGGCGGCGAGGGGGAGGGCGUCACAGUCUGUGUGGGACCCGCUCGCGGAGAAUAAACACUGAUGUGACUGUG